UAUGGUUUUUAUUUUGUGGCAAGUUGAUAUCCUGAAUCUUGAUGUUGGAUUUAUUUAUGAAAGUUGUUUACCUUUUCGCGUUACCUUGUUAUAUUUGUUUAUGUUACAAACAUCUAUAUUGUUAAUACAGUGACUGUUGAAAUUAAAUUAUAAAAAUGGAAAACUUAGAAGAAAAAGUGAUUAUGACACCGAAAUGUAAAACACCCACAUCAACCACUAUAGUUGUGGAAAGAAAGGUGGUUGAUGCUGCACCUAGUGACAAAAUACAUGUCGCAGGGGGAGACCAUACUGGUAUCAUAAUAAACAAGGAAAAAGUAUAUGAGAAUGGAGUAACAGAGCCAUGCCAUGCACAAUUAGAGUUCUGUGUCUACUUGGUGUCAGCUGCCACUGGUUCACAUACACGCGAGGCGAGAGCACUAAGGUUCUGGUUCAAACCUGAAGUUCCACGGGAUGAAUGUCCUCAUGAGGCACAAAGCUUCUUCCGUGAACUUGUUAGUCCACAAGACUUUCCUAAAGAUUAUGUUGGUUUCAUUAAAAAAAUCAUGAAACUAAUGCAGCAUAAAUAUCAUCAACUUAAAAUAUUGGAAGUUGAACUCAGACAAGAGGUUUGUGGACCACCACCACAAGAAUCAAAUGGCGUUAUUUCCAGUAAAGGCCUUAUAUACAAGUAUUCUAAUGGAUCUUUCAUUGAAGACAGUGUUUUGAAUCAAACACAAUUUAUAUCUGAACAAAGAGUGUUGGAUAUGAUUGAAAAUGCAUAUCCCAAUCCAUUGACUGUAGAAGAUUUUGUAACUGUUGGAAAAUGGUCAAAAGCAGAGGUCAAAGAUGCUUUGGAAGCUUUGGAAGAAAAAGGUCUGACAAGAGCAAUGUCGGAAGGUCUAUAUAUACGACAACAUAGCAUUGAUACACAGGUAGUGAAACAAAUGCCCACGCUGUGCUCAUCUCGGCAGCCAAGCAUCGCUAUCAUCACAGCAUUGUACUGUGAAAAGCAAGCCGUCGACGCCAUGAUGGAUAACCAAGAGACAUAUGUCCGUUAUACCACUGUUGGCGAGUCUAACGUGUAUACCCUGGGUACGAUCGGCACGCAUCGAGUGGUGACCACAAAGCUGCCGUCAGUGGGUCGAACCAGGGAAGCGAUGACCGCAGCUGGCAACACUACAACAAGACUGCUUGGAAUAUUCCAGAAGGUAGAAUACGUGUUUUUAGUAGGCGUGGGCGGCGGCGUGCCACACUACACAGACUACUCGCGCCACGUGCGCCUCGGUGACGUAGUUGUCUCCACGCCAGCGACAGAUUUGAAAGACAAGUAUGUUUACAUUUUCUGUGAGAAGGCUGAACGUAAUGACAAAGGCGGAUGGGACUAUGAAGUGAAACCGUACAAACCUGCCAACUUUUUGUUACAAGACAUCGCGUUACGUCUAAUGAAGACUGAAGCAUCUUGGAACUUAUAUGUUAACGAAGGUCUGCAGCGCCUGUGCGGUGUGCCAGGACGCUGGGAGGCUCCGGAGGACGCCACCGACCGCCUCAGUGUUGACGUUGGCGACGGAGUCUUCAUUGAGGUGUCGCAUCCCGCACCACAGGGACAUCACAGCCGCAGUCGCGUGCACUGCGCGCCUGUGUGUGGGGGGCGCGCGGUGGCGGGCGGGGGGGAGGUGCGCGCGGCGUUCGCUGCGCACGCGCACGCACGCGCAUACGACUGCGAGCUGGACGCUGUGCUCGACAGUGUCGUCGGCAACUGCAAGGACUGCUUCAUAUCCAUCAGAGGUAUAUCAGAUUACCGUGAUGGCACUCGCGGCAAAGAGUGGCAAGCACACGCCGCGCUCGCCGCCGCUGCCGUCAUGAAGGCCAUCAUUGUCGCCAUGGACCCCCCCGCAGACUAAAACACCCCGUAAACACAUGUCAUUAGCACCCCCUAGUUACACCACACGGCACUACACCUGGUUCCUCCAUUUACAAAUUAGUUUUAGGAUUUUUCAAUAGAAAAUUUAAAAGAACGU